AUGGUCCAAACUCCUCAACAACGUCGUCGCAACGCCCAGUUCGCCAAGGACCAGGAGGCUCGCAUGGGCAAGGCCCCAGAGGAGGUUAAGAAGCGAGGCAAGGAGGUCACGAAGUCGCCCAUCUCGCCCGUCUGGGUUGUUAUUCUUGGGUUCGCCAUCUUUGGCAGCUUAAUCUUCGAGCUCAUCUCUCGCUUCUUCCGAUAG